AGGGGAAGGGUACAGACAUGGCGGAGUGCUCGGGACUGCAGUUCGUCAGCCCCUACGCCUUCGAGGCGAUGCAGAAGGUGGAUGUGCUGCGGCUCGCCGCUCUCAGCGACCCCGAGCUGCGGCUGCUGCUGCCCUGCCUGGUGCGCAUGGCUCUCUGCGCUCCCGCCGACCAGAGCCAGAGCUGGGCGCAGGAUAAGAAGCUGAUCCUGCGGCUGCUCUCGGGGGUGGAAGCGGUGAACUCCAUCGUGGCUUUGCUUUCCGUCGAUUUCCACGCCCUGGAGCAGGACGCCAGCAAGGAGCAGCAGCUCCGGCACAAGCUGGGAGGAGGGAGUGGAGAAAGCAUCCUGGUGUCUCAGCUGCAGCACGGGCUGACACUGGAGUUUGAACACAGCGAUUCCCCGCGCCGCCUGCGCCUGGUGCUCAGUGAGUUACUGGCAAUUAUGAACAAGGUGUCAGAAUCAAAUGGUGAAUUUUUUCUCAAAUCUUCUGAGCUCUUCGAGAGUCCUGUUUACCUGGAGGAGGCAGCAGAUGUUCUCUGCAUUCUGCAAGCAGAGCUGCCCUCACUGUUACCCAUAGUGGAUGUGGCUGAAGCUCUGCUGCAUGUUAAAAAUGGAGCCUGGUUCCUCUGCCUUCUGGUGGCCAAUGUUCCUGACAGCUUUAAUGAGGUCUGUCGAGGUUUGAUUAAGAAUGGUGAGAGGCAGGAUGAGGAAAGCGUCGGGGGCCGGCGCAGGACAGAAGCUCUUCGCCACCUCUGCAAAAUGAACCCUUCCCAAGCCCUGAGGGUCAGAGGCAUGGUGGUGGAAGAGUGUCACCUGCCGGGUCUUGGCGUGGCUUUGACCUUGGAUCACACCAAAAAUGAAGGUUCAGAUGAUGGAGUCAGUGACCUGGUGUGUUUUGUGAGUGGUUUGCUGCUUGGAACAAAUGCAAAGGUUAGAACCUGGUUUGGGACUUUCAUCCGAAAUGGCCAACAGAGAAAAAGAGAUAAUAUCAGUUCUGUGCUUUGGCAAAUGAGGAGGCAGCUGCUCCUGGAGCUCAUGGGAAUCCUCCCCACGGUUCGCAGCACACACAUUGUUGAAGAAGCAGAUGCUGAUACAGAGCCAAACGUGUCUGUGUACUCAGGACUGAAGGAAGAGCACGUGGUGAAAGCCAGCGCAUUGUUACGCCUCUAUUGUGCUCUGAUGGGAAUUGCUGGCCUGAAGCCAACUGAUGAAGAAGCUGAGCAGCUGCUGCAGCUGAUGACCAGUCGCCCUCCUGCAACUCCAGCGGGUGUUCGCUUUGUCUCUCUUUCCUUCUGUAUGCUGCUGGCCUUCUCCACCCUUGUCAGCACCCCAGAACAGGAGCAGCUGAUGGUGAUGUGGCUGAGUUGGAUGAUAAAGGAAGAAGCUUACUUUGAAAGCAUUUCUGGUGUGUCUGCUUCUUUUGGGGAGAUGCUUCUCCUGGUAGCCAUGUAUUUCCAUAGUAAUCAGCUCAGUGCUAUCAUUGAACUGGUCUGCUCCACCUUGGGAAUGAAGAUUGUUAUUAAGCCCAGCUCCCUCAGCAGAAUGAAGACAAUCUUCACACAGGAGAUUUUCACUGAACAGGUUGUUACAGCCCAUGCUGUUCGUGUGCCUGUCACAGGCAAUCUCAGUGCCAACAUUACUGGGUUUUUACCUAUUCACUGCAUUUACCAGCUGCUGAAAAGUCGCUCAUUCACCAAGCACAAAGUCUCCAUUAAGGACUGGAUCUAUCGGCAGCUCUGUGAAACCACCACUCCCCUCCAUCCUCAGCUGCUUUCUCUCAUUGAUGUCUACAUUAACUCUAUUCUUACUCCUGCAUCUAAAUCCAACCCAGAGGCCACAAAUCAACCUGUCACAGAACAGGAGAUACUGAAUGUUUUUCAAGGACUCUCUGGGGGAGAAAACACUCGUCUUGCUCCAAGAUACAGCAUCACAACACAGCUGCUUGUCCUCUACUAUGUCCUGUCCUAUGAAGAAGCACUUCUGGCAAGCACAAAGAUACUGGCUGCUAUGCAGAAAAAGCCCAAGUCUUACUCUUCAGCAUUGAUGGAUCAGAUUCCAAUCAAGUACCUCAUCCGACAGGCACAAGGACUGCAGCAGGAACUGGGAGGUUUGCAUUCUGCACUCCUACGCCUUCUUGCAACCAACUACCCCCACCUCUGCAUUGUGGAAGACUGGAUCUGUGAGGAACAGAUCACAGGCACUGAUGCCUUGCUGAGGAGGAUGCUUCUUACAAACACUGCAAAGAAUCACUCUCCCAAACAGCUGCAGGAAGCAUUUUCCAUGCUGCCUGGAAAUCAUACCCAGCUGAUGCAGAUCUUAGAGCAUUUAACUCUUCUCUCAGCUGGGGAAUUGAUCCCAUAUGCAGAAGUGUUGACAGCAAAUAUGAAUCUCUUGCUGGAUGCUGGAGUCCCUCGGAGGAUUCUUCAGACUGUCAAUAAACUCUGGAUGGUUCUUAACACUGUGAUGCCAAGGAGGUUGUGGGUGAUGACUGUUAAUGCUCUGCAGCCUUCAGGAAAAGUGGUCAGACAGCAGAAAUACACUCAGAAUGAUCUGAUGAUUGAUCCUUUGAUUGUACUGAGAUGUGAUCAGAGAGUUCAUAGGAGUCCUCCUCUGAUGGAUAUAACUUUGCACAUGUUGAAUGGAUAUUUGCUUGCUUCAAAAGCUUACCUCAAUGCUCACCUAAAAGAAACAGCAGAGCAGGACAUUAGGCCAUCCCAGAACAAUGCAAUGGGUCCAGAGGCCCCAGAAGUUACAAGGGAAGAAUUAAAAAAUGCAUUGCUUGCUGCUCAGGACAGUGCUGCAGUGCAGAUUCUUCUAGAGAUCUGCUUACCUACAGAAGAAGAGAAAGCCCAGAGCAGCAAUAUCCACAGUUUGCUAAAGAGUGUUCAUAACACCACAGGCUCCAAGAGCCCAGAACUAGAAGAGGAAGAGGACAGCUUGCUGUGUAACCUUCGAGAGGUUCAGUGCCUCAUCUGCUGCCUGCUGCAUCAGAUGUACAUUGCUGAUCCCAACAUAGUCAAACUGGUUCAUUUCCAGGGUUAUCCGUGUGAGCUCCUGGCACUGACAGUGGCAGGGAUUCCAUCAAUGCACAUCUGCCUGGAUUUCAUUCCUGAGCUUAUUGCCCAGCCUGAACUUGAAAAACAGAUCUUUGCCAUCCAGUUACUGUCAUUUCUGUGUAUCCAGUAUGCUCUACCAAAAUCCCUCAGUGUGGCUCGUUUAGCCAUCAACGUGAUGGGAACCCUGCUCACAGUUCUGACCCAGUCAAAACGUUAUGUUUUUUUUAUGCCAACCCUGCCUUGUUUGGUGUCAUUCUGUCAAGCUUUUCCUCCUCUGUAUGAUGACAUCAUGUCUCUGCUGAUACAAAUAGGACAGGUUUGUGCCUCUGAUGUUGCUACUCAGACCAGAGACUUCGACCCAAUUAUUACACGUCUCCAGCAACUCAAGGAGAAACCAAAUGAGGUUUCAGGACUUUGUAAAGAUUCAUCUAACAAAAGUUGCUCCAGGGAUGUUGCGAGCACGGACCCCGAUGUUCGGUUAUGCCAGUGUGUUGAAAACACCAUCAUUGAAAUCAUCAACAUGAGUGUAAGUGGGGUUUAGGAAAAAUGCAAACACAAUUCUACUGUCCUCCACUCUUUGGUGCCUAAACUUGGAGAGGGCUGAAGAAGACUGAGGAGUUGGAGCACAAAAAUUCAGCAUUUUUCAUUCAAAUUGGCUGAAAAGAAGGAAUUCUGUCAAGAGGUUGAUGCUGCUUCCAGGGAAAACUUGUGAGGAUGGUGGAGUUAGGAAAUAAUCCCAGUGAAUCUUGGAUGAGCAUGAUUGUCAGGGUGGCUCGGUUUCAGAAGUGAUAGAGCAACACACCUAAAGGGGUGUUUCAACACUCUGAACACUGGAUUUGUUGAGCAAGCAGCAAAAUGAGGGGUAAGAAGAAUCUGAGACUGAAGCUCUUGGUUUAGGUUAAAGGAACCAGAGCCUUGCAGAGCAAAAUGAAAAAAAAAACUCCAAGGAAGACUUGAAAAAGAGGUGUAAGUAACUUGAACCAUCAUGCAGAGUACUAAGAAAAUGCUUUAACUUGUCUUUUUUUUAUUUGUGUGUCAAACAACUGGUUGAGGUUUCAGGAGAUGAGGAACUUUAUUUAAAGGUCAGGCAGCAUCCAUUAGAAGUUUCAGACUGGCCUAUAAGUUUAUUUUAAAAAAGGAUUUAAUACUACAAAGUGAGCUGCAUAAAUGGGAUUUUUAAAGAAUGGGUGUUCUUCUUGUGCAGCUCAGAUGGUUUAGUAUUUUUUUAACAUCUCUUAGCUUAAAAGAGAUGAGAAUGACAUCAAGAAGUAAGCACAGAAGUAUCUGGUCAUCAGGGUAAUAAAAAUUAAGUGUUGAGCCUGUGAGAGAAGCUGAAUUUCCCCCUAAUGAAAGGAGUGGCAGAUUUCAGCCAUUUUCAGUGGGUGAGAAGUCUGAGCUCUCUGCCUGGGUGUUCUUCCACAUUAAAAAGCUGCAGGAUUUAGGAUCAAUAGAUGUGUUUUGUGCCAUUGCAGACAGGGAUUUCUGAUGCAAUACUUGGGAGUUCCUGGAAGGUUGCACAAGCUCUUAGGUGAGGCAGUGCCUGAUUUUCUGGCAGGGAAAGAAAAUCAAGGUUUGGUUGUUGAGCCAGCACUGAGCAUAAUGCUCCAGCACAUCAAGUACUGAACUUGUCUGGAACUUGCUCUUUUCUAAAAUUACAGCAUCCAGGGUCCUUAGAUGAUACUUUUCAAUUAAAACCAGUUGAUAUUCCAGAAAAAAAUGGUCCUGAUUCUUCAGUGUGGCCUUGAGGACAUUCUGUGUAGUUUGUGCUCUGCUCACGUUGUUCUGGAGAAAACCUGACAGACACCACCCCAGAGUUUGUGUUCCAGGACCCCACCUGGCCACUCACUGUAUUUUUGUCCUCUUGAUGUAAAUAUGUAAAUAAUCUAAAUGUAUGUAUUCCCCCUCCCCUGUUAUUUUAUAUGCUCUAGUGGUAUUUAAAUAAAAAAUACCUGGUGGAUGAUUUGGA